AAGCAUGAAAUAACUUAAAGAAUGUACAACACAAAAAAUGGGGCACAAGCAUAGCUGCUUAAUGUCUGCACUAUUCUUGCAUAUCAGACGUAUAUCUGUUAUUUAAGUUCUCUCAUUGAUGAAAAGGGCAUGAACAGCUUAAAAUAAACAUCUGUUAAUAUAACACUAUACAAAUCACCAGGAACAUUAACAGCCUCCAAAAUGUCCAUUCAGUUCAAUCAACACCUCCAAAAAAAUUGUUAUCACAAAAACUGAACAUGAGACUCUUUUAGGAUUCAAAGACUUGGGGGUUCUGGUCUAGCCCAGUUAAUGGAGUAGGCACCCCAUGUACAGUCCUCAUCACACUGGUUGCUGGUUUGACUCCUGAUCUUGAUGUCAUCUGUCAUCACCCACUCUCUCCACCCACAUUUCCUGUCCUAACAAAUAAAGGCCAAAAGGCCCAACAAUCAUCUAAAACAGGAUUUAAUAACUGUUGUAUUAGUAUGAAUAAGUUUGAACUGCAUAAUCGAAUCAACGCGACUGUUUUUAUGAGGAAGGAAAAUACUACAAAGGGGUUAUAUACUGCAAUACACUACAAUGCAAUGCAUUUAACAUAUACAUUUCUAAUGAAGCAACCUUAAGAAAACUUUCAAAUGUUUUAUAAUAAUGUAGUGUUAGAUCUGUUACAAGUUAGGUUGCAAACUUAAAGUAUGCUUUGACUGCUAUGUCAUUUUUUAAAAAUGAAAAGCCACAGUAUGAAGAUGGUGAGUGCCACAGUAGUCACCUUUUCUCCUCCCAAAAUGUUUGAACCUUCUUGCUAGCAUGGUCCCUUUUCAUGGAGUGUAAAUGUUCUACAAAAUGUUUGAGUGUAUGGUUGCUUGUUUGUAGAUGUGUUUUUAACCUGUCUAGGAAUAUCAGCCCUGAAAAUACAUUUCUUGCCAAGCCCUGAAAUACCAUCUAAAUAUUCACCACUUUUAUGUGGAUGUGCUUAUUUUACAAUAUAACCCAAAAAUGUCAGCGUCUAAUAUUUACCUCACUGCUACACAUAACUUUAGUGUAAAGUUUCCAUAAUAGUAUAUUAAAUACAAUUAUAAACUUUGUAAUUAAGCAACACAAUCCUAUAUGUAUUUUUCUUAAUUCAUUCACCUGUAUUAGUUUCAUAACCUGUAGCAGUAAAACAUAGUUUGGUGUGCUUUUGGCAGAUCUUACGUAAAAAAUCCUGUAUCCAUUGAGAUACAGAGAGAAUGUGGAUGUUUGUUUUCUGGUUGCCUUCUGUUUUCAGUGAGAGUCUAUGAGGCUCUGUGCCUCCCCAGCAGCAGCAUGCAGCAGCAGCGGUUGGCCGCCUGUGUGGCGCUGUCCACCCUUGUGGUGCUGAAAGCAGCUCUGUGCUGUCCCCCUCCCUCUAGCUCUCUCUCACACUCUGCCUCUCUACAUCUCCCUCUGUCGUCCAGUUUUCCAAUUUUAUUUCAAACAGAUCUUUCAUAUAAUUACUCAUUUUUGAAGUUCAAUUGUAUUAUAAAUAUAAAUGAAUACAAAAGACGUUAAUGAAUGUAUGUAUUUUUAAAAUUAUUUAUGUAUUAUUUGUAGCAGUCAUUUUACACGUUACAGCUCUAUUACAUGACACACACACACACACACACACACACACACACACACACACACACACAUAUAUAUAUAUAUAUUUAAAUAUAUAUAUAUAUAUAUAUUUAUACUAUGCCUCUUUUUAGCGGUGGAACAUGCAUGGUUAUGGUGUAAUUAUUAAUGAUUAAUGUAAGUGCUGACCAAACAUGAAGCACGGUAGUAACGUAACAACGGCUAAUUUGCUUCUAUCUUCUAAAAAAUAUAUUAAAAAUAGAAAUGAAUUGGCGAACUGAUGGUUGAUAAUGAGUGUUUGUAUUUGAGAGAGAGAGAGAGAGAGAGAGAGAGAAUAAAUUGGAGCAAACGCCUUCCUACACCGUCUGCACUCCCCCUCCCUUUUCAUUUGCUCUACAGACCUCCAUACGGGUAUUUUACGUCGUCUGCUGACAAAAUUGUUUCUCUUAGGCUCGUUGAGAGCUGUGAAAACGUCCUGACGUACGCAGGCUGCAUUUCCUUUCUCUGACCACAGGAAGGCAACGAAGAGCCUUGAAAGCCACAAAGGCAUGUGCAUGCAUGCAGGUUCAUAGGCAGGAAGGUAGAUGUAUUGACACAAAGCAUUAUAAUUAUAUGAUAGAUCAUAAUUUGAUCAUUAUAUGAUCAAUGAGAUCAUAAAAAACAGCUUCAUCAUUUCGACAAAGCUUUUGUCAAUCAUUUAUUUGUAUUUGUUUUUUUAUUUAAACUAUUUAAAACAUUUAUAUACAACAGUUUUAGGUUAUCAAUGGUCUAUUUUAUGAGUCUAAUAACUAACAUAUUAUAAAGUCACAAUAGUCUUACUAAUUUUUCUGUGCAUCAUACUUUUACGUCACUGCACUGUAGCCGUUUCCUGAUGCCACGAUUGGUGGAAAUAGGUUUAAGUUGUCAACCAAUGAAAGCCAGAGCUGUACAAAGAGAUCUACUCCCUCUCGUCGAGUAGCUUCGGCGUCGGAACCCUUACAAUAUUCUGCACAGGAGGCGGGGAUGCAUAUGCAGACUUAAAGCAUGACUGUCACUGUUAUGUAUAUGGAUACAUCAGUAUUGGAUCAUAGACCUUGCAUACUUAACCAGUUAAGAAAUUGGAAUUGGAGUAAAAAGACAUGGGAUUUAUGGAACGAGGAAUAAUGUGGAACAAAUUGGCUGCAUGGCAGGUGUUCUUGUGGUGGCAUCUUUUCUUUCUCAUGUGGAGUACAAUAGACGGACAGACGCGUUACAGCAUCCCGGAGGAGCUGAAACAGGGAUCUGUGGUUGGAAAUCUAGCCAAAGAUUUGGGUUUGGUUGUAUCUGAACUAUAUCGACGCAAAUUGCGGAUUACCUCAGAGGCUGGUAAGCAGUAUUUUAGUGUGGACUUGGGGAAGGGAGAACUGGUGGUGAUUGAUAGAAUAGACAGGGAGCAAUUGUGUGAACAAAGACCCUCAUGUUUGUUGCCUUUAGAACUAGUUAUAGAUAGCCCUUUGCAGCUGCAUAGAGUCGAAAUAGAAAUACAAGAUACAAACGAUAAUUCUCCUAGUUUUCCUACGAAAGAGAAGGUGGUGAAAAUUGCGGAACUAGUUAAUCUAGGGGCACGAUUUCCUUUAGAAAGUGCACAGGACCCAGAUGUCGGUACUAAUUCUGUGCGUUCUUACCUCAUUAGCAAAAAUGACAAUUUCAAAUUGACUGUUAAAAACCACAAAGAUGGUCGAAAAAUCCCCGAGCUGGUCCUUGAAAAACCACUUGAUCGAGAAAAGCUGCCUGUGCAUAAUCUUAUCCUCACCGCUGUAGAUGGUGGAGAGCCAGCGCGCUCAGGGACAUCUGAAAUUACAGUUAUAGUACUGGACAAUAAUGACAAUGCUCCACAGUUUGAAAGACAGUUGUAUGAAGCCAAUGUCAGCGAAAAGGCAACACCUGGGACCGAAAUAUUGCAUGUUAAAGCCACAGAUGCAGACGAAGGACUAAAUGGAGAAAUUGAGUAUUUUUUUGCAGAGCAAACCACGAACCUGAUUUUAUCAUUAUUUGACAUUUUACCAUCUGGAGCUAUUGUUGUCAAAGGAUCCAUAGACCAUGAAACGAAAUCGUUACAUAGAUUUGACAUAACUGCUAAGGACAAGGGUAAUCCUGAGAUGGAUGGGCACUGUGGCGUCGAAAUUAAAGUAGUUGACAUUAAUGACAAUAUUCCUGAAAUUAUUGUGACAUCUCUAACAACACCUGUUCCAGAAGACUCUGCAGUCGGGACUGUUAUUGCGUUGAUAAGUGCAAAAGACCCUGAUUCAGGCGACAAUGGCAAAGUUAAGUUGAGCUUGUCUUCAAAAUCCCCCUUUCAGUUAAAUCCAUCAGUCUCCAACCAUUAUUCGUUAGUGACGAAAGGGCCCCUUGACCGUGAAAAACACGACCAUUAUAGUGUCAAAAUAAUUGCUAUUGAUUCUGGUAACCCCCCAUUAUCAAGUGAAAGGAUAAUACUUGUGGAAUUGUUGGAUGUAAAUGACAACCCACCAGUUUUCUCCCAACCUUCUUAUGUUGUUUAUGUAAAAGAAAACUAUUCUCCGGGAAGGAUUUUGUGCUCGGUGUCAGCAACAGAUUCUGAUUCUGGUGACAACUCGAAGAUAUCCUACUCUAUACUGGACUCUAAAGUGCAGGACGUUUCUGUGUCCUCUUAUGUUUACAUUAACUCAGAUAACGGCAGCAUCUACAGCAUGCACUCGUUUGACUAUGAGAAACUGAAGGUGUUUCAGAUUCAGGUUCAGGCAAAGGACCAGGGCUCUCCGUCUCUCAGCAGCAACACCACUGUCCAUGUUUUUAUCCUGGACCAGAACGACAAUGCCCCCGCUGUUAUUUACCCCUCCUCCGCUGCCAUGGGCUCCCUCUCUCAUCAGAGGAUGCCCCGCUCGGCUAAAGCGGGUCACCUGGUUACUAAGGUGACGGCCGUGGACGCAGACUCGGGCCACAACGCGUGGAUCUCCUACAAAGUGUCGGAGGCCACAGACGCCUCUCUGUUCACUGUCAAUCUGUACACAGGGGAGGUGAGGACUAAACGCGCUGUGUCCGAGCAAGACGACUCCUCUCAGAGGCUGCUUAUAGAGAUCAAGGACGACGGGGAACCGGUCCAAUCCGCCACCGUCACGGUGUCCAUCCUGCUGGAGGACGGCCUCCAUGAGCCCAUCUUAGACCUCCGACAGAAAGCGGUCGAGCCCAGCAAGAAAACUGGAAGAAUCACCCUUUAUUUGAUCCUCUCUCUGGCCUCGAUUUCCGUGCUGUCUCUGGUGACUUUUCUCAUCUUAGCGGUGAAAUGCAUCAGGAACAGCAGAAGCAGCGCGAGUUGCUGCACGAGACAGAGUGACUGUGACGAUUACAAGAACCCCAACAGAAACCUGCAGAUUCAGCUCAACACUGAUGGACCUAUAAAGUACGUGGAGGUCCUGGGAGGAGACAUGUUGUCUCAGAGUCAGUCCUUCAGGUCCUGUAUGUCUCCUAUGUCAGAGUACAGUGAUUUCACUCUGAUUAAACCCAGCAGCACCACUGACUUUAAGGAGGUCAUCAGUGUCCUGGAUGCGUCUUUACCUGACAGCACCUGGACCUUUGAGAGCCAGCAGGUGAGCAAAUAAAUAAUCAUUGAUCUUAGUAUUUUACCUUUUAUUUCGUACAGGAUCUAAUCAUAGUUUUAUCAUAACCAAUCAAAUCA